AUGGACCGUCUCAACCGAAUGCUGCAGGCCGCACAAGGCAUGGGGAUGGGAAGUGCCGCCCCUGGUGGUGAUACACCGAAUCUGAUCGAUAACUCCGAAACCGUUCACAUCUCUUCUCUCGCCCUGCUGAAGAUGUUGAGACACGGGCGCGCAGGCGUUCCCAUGGAAGUUAUGGGUCUGAUGCUGGGUGAAUUUGUCGACGAAUAUACAGUGCGCGUGGUAGAUGUGUUUGCCAUGCCCCAGAGUGGUACUGGUGUUAGUGUCGAGGCCGUGGACCCUGUGUUUCAGACCAAGAUGAUGGAGAUGCUUCGGCAAACGGGGCGUCCGGAAACCGUUGUUGGCUGGUAUCACUCUCACCCCGGUUUCGGUUGCUGGCUCUCGUCCGUCGAUAUCAACACCCAGCAGUCCUUCGAGCAGCUUAAUUCUCGUGCGGUGGCCGUCGUCGUCGAUCCUAUCCAGUCAGUCAAGGGCAAGGUUGUCAUCGAUGCUUUCCGCCUCAUUCAGCCCCAAACUGUUGUUAUGGGUCAGGAGCCCCGGCAAACAACCUCGAACUUGGGCCACCUGAAUAAGCCUUCGAUCCAGGCCCUCAUUCACGGCCUCAACCGCCACUACUACAGCAUCGGAAUCAACUACCGGAAGACUGGACUAGAGGAGAACAUGCUGAUGAAUCUGCACAAGCAUGUGUGGACUGAAGCUUUGCAAAUGAAUGACUUCCACGAGGACGGACACCACAAUGUGGAGCAGAUGAAGCAGCUCGUUAGUCUGGCCGAGGGCUAUGAGAAGCGGGUGAAGGAAGAGACCGAAUUGAGCAAGGAUCAACUGAAGACACGAUAUGUCGGCAAGGUGGACCCUAAGAAGCACAUUGAAGAUGUCAGCCAGCAAUUGAUUGAGGACAACAUCGUUGCUGUGUCCAGACAGAUGAUCGACAAAGAGGCUUCUGUAGCUCGGCAGUCAAGCUCGAAGGAGGGCGCCAACCCCGCCAAUAUGGAGGUGGAUGAAGAGCUCUAG